AUGGCGUCGGUGUUGAAAGGGCAGGACUGGGACAUGGCCCGGAAUGUGAAUGCGACUCUACAAUCCCAUGUAGAACAAUUUUCCCGUGGUGUGUUUUCAGAGAUCACCUCGACACAAAUCAUCUUUGGUGUUUUGACUGUUCUUGUUAGUUGUCUAAUUCUGGAACAGGUUGUGUACCGCGCGAAGAAGGGCGGCCUCCCUGGUUCGAAAUGGACUAUCCCCAUCAUUGGCAAGUUUGCUGACUCGCUCCACCCCUCGCUUGAAAAGUACCAAGAGGGCUGGAACAGUGGGCCUCUCAGUGUGGCCAGUGUGUUUAAUAUCUUCAUUGUAGUGGCUUCCUCCACGGAGUUCACUCGCAAGAUCCUGAACAGUCCUACCUAUGCCGAACCAUGUCUUGUGGCUUCUGCGAAGAAGGUACUGUGCCACGAUAACUGGGUCUUUUUGAAUGGAAAGGUCCAUGUCGACUACCGCAAGGGUCUUAACACGCUUUUCACGAGUCGCGCUCUGAGCAUUUACCUUCCCAUUCAGGAAGCCAUCUACAAGAAGCACUUCGCUCAGUGGCUUCAAGACCCGGUCAAGGAACCUCAGCCUUUCAUGCUGCAACUCCGUCACCUCAACAUGGAGACCUCUUUGCGCGUCUUCUGUGGUAACUACAUUCCCGAGGAAGGUGCCCGACAAAUCUCCGACCAGUACUGGCUCAUCACGAUGGCGCUCGAACUCGUCAACUUCCCCUUUGCAUUCCCUGGUACGAAGGUGUACCGCGCUAUCCAAGCGCGCAAGAACGCGAUGAAGUGGUUCGAGCACACGGCGGCUGAGAGCAAGAAGCGCAUGGCCGCUGGUGAGGAAGUAACCUGUCUGACGGAUGCCUGGGUCAAGGCCAUGGUCGAUGCGCGUGAGGACCGCAAGAACGAAGAUCUAGACGCAGCCCAACGUCGUGUGCUUCUGCGCGACUUCUCUGACCGUGAAAUUGGCAUGGUACUGCUGAGCUUCCUCUUUGCUUCUCAGGAUGCCCUCUCCAGUGCACUUACCUACCUCUUGCAGCACCUUGCCGACCAUCCGGAUGUUUUGCGCAAGCUUCGUGAGGAACAGUACACGCUCCGCAACAACGAUAUUGAUGCCCCUACGACGAUUGACAUGGUGGAAAAAAUGCACUACACUCGCGCAGUCGUCAAGGAGAGCCUGCGUUUGAAGCCGCCGGUGAUUAUGGUCCCUUACAUGACGCGCCAGGCGUUCCCUAUCAGCGAGAACUACACCGUGCCUAAGGGGGCUAUGAUUAUUCCCAGUUUCUGGAAUAGCUUGCACGACCCGAGCGCCUAUCCUUCUCCUGACGAUUUCCGCCCGGAGCGCUGGCUCGAGGGGGCCGAUUCGCCUGCGGCAAAGAACCCUAAGAACUACCUCGUGUUUGGCAGCGGCCCCCACAACUGCAUCGGCAAGGAUUACGCUGUCCAGCACCUCGUCGCUCUCAUUGGAACGGCGUCUAUGCUGCUUAACUGGGAGCAUGAAACUACGGAUCUCAGCGAGAAGGUCAUGGUUAUUGCUACCAUCUACCCUAAGGACGGCGCGCGCCUGAAGUUCACAGCUCGCCCUGCUCCCGACGUGCACGUUCCGCCUUCUGUCGCAGCAGCUGCGUGA